UCGGCCGUCAUUUAAUCCAUUGGUCGGACUUGCGGAUCCGUAGAUUCGCUGUGACAGUUGCUCUGUGGCUCUGAGUGCCCUCUGAUCUCCAGUCCUCAGAUCAUCUCAUUUCUGGAACGACACGCGUCGGCAAAACAUAACGAAACGGAGCUUGUGAAACUAAAACAUUGUGCCUAUUAUCAGUUCGCAACAUGCCAUCAUAAAGUGCCAAAAGUUUGUUGAGGCUCUUUUGCAAAACAAUGGAGAUCUAACAAAAUCUCGAUUUAAGGGUGUCAAUCAAUUUAAUAUCUAAAAGAUGCGUUUCAAUUUCUCCACCCACUCGGCGGCCCCCACCUCUACGACCAUACCAACAACAACACAGGCAAAUGGAGGCGAACAGGCCACCCAACCGCUCAAGAAGGCCAUCGAAGCGGAUCCCGAUUCGCUGGACAGUGUGAUCAGCAAUCCUCAAUCCUAUCCCAUCACAAUUGUGCCGAAUAGGCCGACCAGCUACUAUGGCCUAUCCCAAAAUGGCAAGCCGUUCCCCCGCCAACCGAGCUGCAGAUCUCGCAAUUUCCGGCCUGGCAGCAUGAGACGUGUUCGCCGACGAGCGGUCUUCAAAAAUGGUGACUGCAAUGUGGUGCAGAAGCACCUGCAAAGACGCCGAGUUCGUUUCCUGCAGGACAUGUACACCACCAUGGUGGAUUGGCAGUGGCGGUGGACUCUCUUGGCCUUCGCACUCAGCUUUAUCCUGUCUUGGCUCUUCUUUGCUCUCAUCUGGUGGCUGAUUAUCUACACACACGGAGACUUGGAAGAGCCUCACUUGCCAGAAAACCAAGAGGAAUCUGGUUGGGCGCCUUGUGUUUCGGCCAUCGAUGGCUUUACUUCCUGCUUCCUGUUCUCCAUUGAAACGCAGCACACUAUUGGCUACGGUGUCCGAACCACCUCGCCCGAGUGUCCAGAGGCCAUCUUCAUGAUGUGCUUCCAGUCCAUCUAUGGCGUGAUGUCUUCAGCAUUUAUGGCCGGAAUAGUGUUUGCCAAGAUGACAAGGGCCAAACAGCGGGCACAGACUUUGUUGUUCUCCAAACACGCCGUAAUUUGCCAACGUGAUGGCACCCUUUCGCUGAUGUUCCGUGUGGGUGACAUGCGAAAAUCACACAUCAUUGGAGCCGGAGUGAGGGCUCAGUUGAUCAGGACAAAGAGCACCAAGGAGGGUGAGGUGAUGACACAGUACUUCACAGAACUGGAGAUCGGUACUGAUGACUCCGGCUCUGAUUUGUUCUUCAUCUGGCCCAUGGUCAUCGAGCACAAGAUCGACGAGAACUCACCGCUCUAUAAUCUUAAUGCCACUGAUAUGCUGCAGGAUAAGUUCGAAAUCGUGGUGAUCCUAGAGGGCACCGUGGAGUCCACUGGACAGAGCACUCAAGCCAGAUCCAGCUAUAUUAACACUGAGAUCCUUUGGGGACAUCGUUUCGAUCCAGUGGUGUUGUACAACAAGGAUCUGCAGGCCUAUGAAAUCGACUACGCUCGCUUUAACGAAACCACUCAGGUGGACACUCCGUUGUGCAGUGCUCGGGAAUUGAACGAGAUCUACAAGAUCCAGGAGGGAUUCCGCACACCAGCAGAAACCACCUUUACCAUGCGUCAACUGUCCCACAAUCAUUCUGACCAGGCCUCCUAGGCGCAGAUUCCAGUGUUUCGUCCCUUGUGUUGCUAUAGUUGUAAUCGUGUUUGUCCUAUCUUCCCCAUCGACCCAAUCGAGGUGCUCCUGCAGUUCCGGCUAUCAGACACCUGGAAGGCAAAGCCGCCUGCGUUGGCAGCUCUCGGUGCCCUUGUAAUGGUCCUCGACUAUCAACGCACUUAAAUGUACGAGUUACCCUACGAAAAUAAGUUAAUAAACGCUUUAGUCAGAGACUACACCCAAAUUGCAUGUCCCUGGGCUUGGGCUGUGCAUACAAAUGACACAUAAUUGCCCCGCUCGCUCCCAGGUAGCAGUUGCAUUGGGGACCAACCCACUCAUUAGGCAUCAUUAAUAACUCGGGCAUAUCAAUGCAAAAGGUGCCAAAAAAAAAGCCCAACACAAUCACACACAAACUCACGCAGGGCAAAACAAGUUCGUUGCUGGAGUCUUUUGUUCGUGGGCGACCCCAAAGUGGACUAGAGUGAGUAUUUCACAUCGAGUGUGUCGAAGUGCGGGGCUAUGGCGCUUGCGAGAAACAUACAUAUCCUUUUAAUUGAAAUUGAAUCAAUAACUCUUAUUUGCGCAAAC